CUGCUUGUAGGGAUUCCCCUCCUUCGCCCCAACGGACGCCUGGACGUACCCGGACCUCGUUUUGGGAACCCCUUCUACAGCUCAUCAUCACCAGGCAGUAGUGACUUCAGCCUCGGUUGGAGGGGGAGGAGCAGGCUGAGGCUCUGCUUUGCUCCCAUGUUGAUGUUUGUUGUUUGCGAGGGUGGCAGGCAGAGCUGUUUGUGGAUAAGGACACGAGCGCAGGGUUGUCGAGUGGCCUGCCCGCACGCUCACUGGGGAAACCUGCAACUUUUCCUAAUGCGAGGCUGAACGGUGACGAUUUCUGAUGACUACUGGCCGAUUUUUGCCAUCGUGCCAUAUGGCUAUGAGGUCCUCCUUGGUUCGCGUCGUCCUCGAAGACUGUUUCUGAACGACGGCCGCUCAGGAUGCUGGGGCUCGUCUGAGAGCUCCCCGCCGCGCGAUCUUUCUCUGGAUUUCCCUCCCCGUUUUUUUUUUUCUUAUUUUUAUUAUUAUUAUUUUUUUAAUUAAUUUUACCUCAACCCAAGUUCUUUUUCGGCGGCGAAGCAAUACCAAGCUCCUUUGUGUUACCAUUCAACUUAUAAGAUGGUGUUCUUCGCUUUGCCCUCGCCUCGCAACAAACCUGGAUAAGGGAAGGAGCAGUAGCUGCGUGGCGACACCCCAACACGACGACCAGCGUUGCUCUGCCUCGGCGAGGCAGCGCUGCAGCGGCCGGAGCAGACGCACGCACAGCCGGGAGGGAAAGCCUCGACGCCCGUAACGUUACGUGCUUGACAGCCGGGGGAGCACGCUUCCUCCUAGCCUUCCUUCAGUGGGAAACUGGAAAGUAAAAAUACCUCGGUGCUCGCUCGUAGUUGCGUGGGUGAAGCGAGUGGACGCAGGCAGCGAGCCUUUUAAUUGCACAAAUUGGCCACGGUGCUAACAUCAACUUACCAGUUAUCUCAUCGCCUUGCUAGCCGCGUUAGCUUCGGCGACACUUUACAUUCAGCUGCUACGUCGCUUUUUUUUUUUUUUUUUUUUUUUUUUGUCGCUAGCCAGGUUGUAUGCUAACAAAGGCGCUACUUAGGUUGUGCUAAGGUAUGCGAGAGCUGCCUCUGAAGUUAUGUGCUAACUUAGCCAACGUUAACAUGCAGAUAUUUGCAGUUUUCGCCAAGACAAUGCGCUACACAACACUUUAGAAAACUAAAUAAAUGCAUUGUGAGCGAUAGCACGGGUACUAUUAAUAACAGGAAGUGUGUAUUGCACCGUUCACUUAACUUUUUUUUUCCCACCUACGCUCACCCCAGGAUUUUUUUUUCUUUUUUCUGAAAAGUUUUGAGCUCAGUCCGCCGCCUGCUAAAACUUAAACUUAUUUUCUUCGCAGAGGGCUCAUCGACCCCCCGGGAUUUAUUUAUUCAUUCAGCUCUGGGGCAAUUUUAUUGCGAUAUUGAUGCAUCUCGGGGUGUCAGAGUCCAUGAGAGAGUGCGAGUACAGUCAAAUAAGCACUCGGAGCUCCACACCAAUGGAGACCCCUUACAAGAAAAGGAGCUCGAAGAGGAAGUGGGAGGCCUUCCCGGGUCGGAAUAAGUUUUACUGUGAUGGGAGGAUUAUGAUGGCCAAACAGACGGGGGUUUUCUACCUCACCCUUGUCCUCAUCCUACUCACCUGUGGACUUUUCUUCACCUUUGAUUGUCCGUUCCUGGCGCUCCAGCUGACUCCGGUCAUCCCAGUUAUAGGAGGUGUGCUGUUUCUGUUUGUACUGGGGACACUUCUGAGAACCAGCUUCAGUGACCCUGGGGUGCUGCCCAGGGCCACCCCAGAUGAGGCAGCUGACCUGGAGAGGCAAAUAGAUGUGGCUAAUGGUACUACAGGCUACCGGCCUCCUCCCAGGACUAAGGAGGUGGUCAUCAACGGUCAGACAGUCAAACUGAAGUAUUGCUUCACAUGCAAAAUCUUCAGACCACCACGUGCCUCCCAUUGCAGCCUCUGUGACAACUGUGUGGAGCGUUUUGACCACCACUGUCCCUGGGUGGGGAACUGCGUGGGAAGGAGGAACUACCGUUUCUUCUACAUGUUCAUCCUUUCGCUGUCCUUCCUCACCAUCUUCAUCUUCGCGUUUGUCAUCACUCACAUCAUUUUACGUUCCCAUCGAAAUGGAUUCCUCAGCGCACUUAAAGAUAGUCCUGCUAGUGUACUGGAGGUGGUCGUGUGUUUCUUCUCAGUCUGGUCCAUAGUGGGCCUAUCAGGCUUCCAUACCUACCUGAUCAGCUCCAACCAGACCACCAAUGAAGAUAUAAAAGGCUCGUGGUCCUCUAAAAGAGGCAAGGACAACUAUAACCCCUACAGCCAUGGUAACAUAUUCACAAACUGCUGCGCGGCGCUCUGUGGACCUCUGCCACCGAGUCUCAUUGACAGGCGAGGCUUUAUCCAAUCAGACGCGCCACAGCUGGCACCACCGACCAAUGGCAUCACCAUGUACGGAGCUACGCAGUCCCAGCAAAGCCACAUGUGUGAUCAAGACCAGUGCAUUCAGAGCACCAAAUUCGUUUUGCAGGCCGCCGCCACACCCCUCCUCCAGCAGCAGACCAGCGAGCCAGUCAUCCUAGCGACGUCCCCUGAAAACGGAGGGACCCUACCUGGACGGACGUCCCUCACCCUCGGCGGCCCGUGCACCUCGCUGCCUCUCGGCCAGCCCACUCCCCCGACGUCCACGCCCAGCCUCAGCUGCCACGAGGCCGCCGACAUGCUGCCGAUCCACGGGCACGGCCACGCACACAACCACGGCCACCCCCUCCAGGAGCCGGUGGUCCACCAUCACUUCCUCACACCGGAGGAGGUGCCCUCACCGCCCGGCAUGCUUCACUGCGGCAGCCCGCUGGGCCACAGCCACACCAUGCAGGCCGGCUUCUACAACCCAGCCAGCCAGGACUCACUACACGAGGACUCAGUCAGAGGAUUGGUUAAGCUCAGUUCUGUCUGACAACAGGAAAUAUAUCCCCAACUCUCACCCUGACCCCCCCCCUCCCCCUCCCGAAAUCAUGCAUCCAACCCCUCAAACUCUCCUGUGCCAAUUUGGGAUCACCUGGCUCUCCCCGUGAAUUACAAAUUGUGGUUUGAAUUCAGCUGCUAAAAAAAACUGCAAGGAUUUUAACUGAACUGAACUGAAACUCAGCCAGUGUCUUGCCAAACUUCUCUGCUGGAACAGGGCGAGAUCGCUCGUUGUGUAAUGGCCUAGAGGACACCUCAAUUGUGUACGUCUUUUUUUUUUGUUUUGUUUUGUUUUUUUACUUCAAGGGAAGCAUAAUCCAUUAGCUCCUGGAGAUUGCACAAUUUGCUUUUCAAAGUGGCAAAUGUCUGUGAGCCAUUUCAAGCAAAAAACAAACAAACCAUGUUUUGAAAGUUGAUGUCAUUUUUGGUGGGAAGGCUUCUGGGUUUCUCUCAAUGGAUCACAGGUCUGGCAGAUUUUCUUUUGUAAAACAAACUUUAGCCUGUUUGCCUGUUGCUGAUUGGACAAUGUCUUAUGCCUUUUUAUUCUUGGACAUUCUCAGCAGUGCAAUGGUUGAUGUCUCCAUGUUGCAUAUCAUCCUGCUUUUUUUUCUAUGUAAAAAAAUAAUAAUAAGACUGUUGUACUGUACCAUGGUUAUUACAACUCUUACAGAUUAUUACAUUUCCUGUGGAUAUUAAUAAAACACCAACUUUUUAUCAGUU